AACAAACAAUUUACAAUAGAAAUGGUAAAAAACGAACCGAAUUUUGUUGUUGAGCGCAUUGUGGACAAGCGUAUCACUGCGGAAGGCAAAGUAGAGUAUUUCAUUAAGUGGCGUGGCUAUCCAUCCGGGGACAAUACCUGGGAGCCGGAGGAAAACUGUGACUGCCCAGCUCUCAUACAAAAGUUCGAGGAGUCGCGAGCUAAAUCUAAGAAGCGCGGUGAAAAGAAACCUAAAUGUGAGGAAAUACAGAAGCCGCGCGGCUAUGAGCGUGGUUUGGAACUGGCUGAGAUCAUGGGCGCAACCGACGUUACCGGAGAAAUAAAGUACCUCGUCAGAUGGCAAUAUUGUGACGAGUUCGAUUUAGUGCCAAGCAGCCAGGUAUCUGAGAAGGAUCCGCAAAUGCUUAUUGAAUAUUAUCAGAAGAUGGCACCCUACACUGGCAACAUCAGUAAGCGCAUGCAAGGCGUUCCAGAGGAAUUGCGCGCAGUAGCGGCACAAACUGGCUACGCUGUCAGCAGUGCACCCACGGAUGCAGUAGAGCCAACCGUAUGCAACGUCGAGCCCGAACAGAUGCCGGCCUUGGAACCAAAACAAGCACCCAUAGAGUUGGCCGUGCCCCAGGAAGAAGCGACUGAUACUGAUAUGGACAAUGUUGGUGUUUCCUACUCUAUACCCGUACCGGGCGUGGGUAACAUUGCCAUUGACGUCCCCAUGGUCGAUAAUUGAUUUCAAAGAAUUACUUGAGUAUACAUUAAAGAAAUUUUGUAACUAUAUUA